AUGUCUCAAGAAGUGGCUGAUCACGACGAUUCUAUAGUCUACAUGGCAAUCGGAGCUGUUCGAUCUGACAAUUGUAAAACCACGGAGAGCCUGAGCACUGCCUCCUGCACCCCUUCAAAUAUGUUUGUAUGGACUGAUGGAAAAACGACGGGCUCAGCGGGUUUUAAUUGGCUAGUAAGGCAACCAAAUGGUUGUUUUAAGGCUGGAUGUGAAGUUUCGAAUUGGGCAAUCAUUUUUCCGGGUUUAUCAAGGAAAAUGGAUGAUUUGCCGGAGUAUUGGGCGGAUGAUGGGGCGAUUUGUGGAAUGGAAGCGAUUCAGAAUUGA